AUGCUUUCUCGCACUGUUCGCCCAGCCUUGAAGGCUGGCAGCACCGUUGUGGCUCGCACUGCUCCCACCAAUGCCGCCAACUUCGCUACUCUCCGUGAAAUCGAGGGCCGUCUCAAGUCCAUCCGUAACAUCGAGAAAAUCACCAACACCAUGAAGGUCAUCGCCUCCACCCGUUUGACCCGUGCCCAGAAGGCUAUGGAGGACUCUCGUGUCUACGGAAAAACCUCCAAUGCUGUCUUCGAGUCCGCCGAGACCAAGCCCGAGGAAGGAGACAAGAAGACUCUUUACAUCGUCGCCAGCUCCGACAAAGGUCUCUGUGGUGGUAUCCACUCUGGUCUCAGCAAGGCUACUCGUCGCUUGUUGGCAGAGAACCCCAGCGCUGACCUCGUCGUUCUCGGAGAGAAGGCCAAGGCCCAACUCAGCCGUUCCAACGGUCAGAACAUCGUCCUCAGCUUCUCUCAGGUCUGCAAGGAUAUUCCCACCUUCGCCGAUGCUCAGGCUAUUGCCGACCAGGUUGCCCUCCUUCCCACCAACUACGGCACCAUCAAGAUCAUCCACAAUAAGUUCUUGAACGCUCAGAGCUACGAGCCCACCACUGUUGAUGCUUACUCUGAGGAAGCCAUCACCAACUCCCCCAACAUUUCCGCUUUCGAGGUCGAGGAGGAGGCUUUGGAAAACCUUCGCGAGUAUGCUUUGGCUAACAGCUUGUUCUGGGCCAUGGCUGAGGGCUUGGCCUGUGAAAUUUCUGCCCGUCGUAAUGCUAUGGAGAACGCUUCCAAGAACGCCGGUGAAAUGAUCCAGAAGUUCCAAAUCAUGUACAACCGACAGCGUCAAGCCGCCAUUACUGGCGAGUUGGUUGAAAUUAUUACUGGUGCUGCCGCUAGCGAAGACCAGUAG